CGCCAAUUUGGACCAGACAAAUAUCAGUUCCAUACCGCAAAGCAAGGGUCUGAAUCUCUAUUUGUUUUCUAUUCCCCAUUUUGUAAUUGAUUUGGUUAAUCAGAAUUCCGCAAACAGUGAGAAUUCUCUGUGUCUCUCUCAAUCGAUACGAAGAAGUUUCUGUGCUUUGUAAUGGCAUUCGAGUCUCCUCCAAUGGGCAACAGGCCAUCGUUCAGUUCGGUAUGUUAGAACUUUUUUUAGGCGACGUUGAAUGUAUAAGUCCUGCUCUAGCAAUGAAACAUGUAGUUUGUGCGGGGAAGUCCGACAUUCAUUCACAUGUGACUUUGGAUCAGGUUUAACAAGCCUGUAGCUGAAGUCUUUGGCCAGUCAGGCAGGUUCACUAGGUGAAAUCUGUGAACAAUGGGGAAGCAAGUGCGUCACAAACAAUCGGGCAUUGCUAUGCAGAACAAUCAUCCAGGAUGCAUGUGGAGCAUACUUCAUGUGCUUAAGUACCAUCACUGGCAUCAUGUCAAGAAGAGGAUUCCACACAGAAGGCGUGGUGAUACCAACCCUGCUAUGGGGGAAGGACAUACUGGAAGUGAUGUAGAUGCCUCAAAUAUUGGUAUAAUGACAGAAAAUAAUGACACUGAAAUGGAAGGAUCUGUUAAGACGACACAGUCCACCCCAAUAGCCAAAAGCUCUGUUAAGUCCUGGUUAAGAGCACGCCUUUCUGAAGAGAUGCUGAGGAGAAGGGGACGACAUAAGCGAAGCUCAACCUAUCCAAUAAGAUCACAGUUCGAGCGAACUGAUUCCAUUCAUCACUUGGAGCUUUCAGAACAGGAUAUCCUCUCUGAUGUUGCAUUAACUGAUGGAAGUCUUAAAAUUGCUGAUGAGAACACCAAAAGCUCUUCCAGUGCCAGUGCACCAGGUGUCGUGCUACAAAAGACUUGUCAGGAACCAUUUGGCAGUGAGAAAAAAUAUGAAGAACAUGGCACUAUGCUUUAUCAGAAUUACAUGGGGGAUAAGCAGGUUGAUGGGUCUGGGAAGCCACUCAUCGAGAAUCUGCAACUGUUUCAGGAAGGGUCAGAUGAAACAAAGCAAGAUUUGUUGAAGCAGAUGCCAUCACAGGCAACGGAACUCACUAAUAGUACUUCAUUCCAGCAGUCCAGGGACUUCCGGGAUGCUCUGGAUAUUAUCAACAUGAACAAAGAGUUCUUCUUGAAAGUCUUACAAGAUCCUAGCUCACAUUUGGCUCAUAACUUCCACAGCCGACGGGCAUCGAGAACGGGAUACAAUAAGUCUGUGUCAUUUCCUUUACCUGGCUCCUCAGACAGAAGAAGUUCUGGUCCUGGCAGACUGAAGCUCAAGCAAGAUGGUGGUGAAGGUCAUGCAAAAGAUAGGGAGCUGCAAGUUGGAAGUCAAGACCCAAAGUCAGAGUAUGAGUCUACUGAAGAUAUGUGUAGACAGUCGGUGCCAUCAAUCGCCACAGAGUACAGGGCAGAUGUGGUUCUUAAGUUUAACCAAUCAAUGGCUGAAAUUGGUGAUAGUUCCUCUUCAUCCCACUCCCCGAAGAGGAACCGAAGAGCAAUCAAACGUUUUAGGGACCUUAAACAGAAGAUAAAGCAUGCAAUCAGGGAGAGCAAAUAUGAGAGACAUCGAAUCUCCAUGGAUGCACUCCUUCACAAAAUUCCUCAUAGGCAUGGGUUUUCUAAAGACUUGAAGGAGUUAGCGGAUCAGUUGAAGACUUCUUCACCCAAUACAGAUGGUAAAGCAAGUCCUGGAAGUAGUUGCAGGAGCGAUUAUUCUGUUCCUUCCACUGGAAAGAGUGGAAGGCGCUCCAUUAGUAGAACAUCAUCUCUCAAUGAAUCAUUGGAUAGAUAUUGUCAAUUAUAUGAGUCUACCAUCAACAGAGAAGCCAAACAUCUUAUCUCUGGUAUGCAAUUGAAAGCAGAAGAGCGGGAUUCACCAAAAUCUCUGGGAAGGAUUCAUUCCUCACCGGAACUUAAGUAUUUGUUUUAUCAGAGUCCAGAAGAUGGUGAAGCAUUUUCUAUAGCUACCCCGGCUAAGGUAGUUGCGGAUGACAAUGUCAGCAUAAGAAGUAACUCUGAUGAACAAAUGAAUCUAGAUCUUCCUGUUGCUUCAGAAUACCUCCCACAGUUACAUACUCUUGUAGAAAGUCAAAUAGAAGAAAAAUCAGUAGAGGUUAAUGAAAUAGAUUACAUUUUUGGAGAUCAGCAGGGAUCGAUAUGUCUCAAUGAUAGUGAGCCAUAUGAUGAGGUGGGGUUAGUCAGUGAUGAUUUGGAAAAUGUGAUGGGAGAGGAUUCGUCUCACAGUAAGCAGGAAAUUCGUCUAACCAUGCAAGACUCCGACUCUACAGAUAACAGAAGCAGCUCUGGAAUAGUUUCCAUCCCAGAAGAUUCAGAAGACUCGAGUCACUUUUCAAAUGCAGUGGAUGGUUUGCCCAACCAACAAGAAGAUAAGAGCAGCAUUGACAUUAAAGAUGUGGGGAUUUGGCGCAAACAAGAAAUAGAUAGUGAUGUUUUUAAUCUUCAAGUGGAUGCAAAAUACAAACCAACAUUUAACUACGUGAGAGACAUACUAGAGCUAUCUGGGUUCAGUGGGAGCGAAUCCCUUGGGACAUGGCAUUCAGAUGACCAGCCUGUGGAUCCUUCUCUGUUUGAGGAGGUGGAGGGCUGCAUGCUUCUUGAUCCUGACUGUUCCGGACAGGAAGAAGGUGGAUAUUGUAAUCACCUGCUACUGUUUGAUCUAACCAAUGAGGUAUUGAUGGACAUAUAUGAAAGAUCAUACACUUAUUGUCCUAUGCAGCUAUCUUCCCUCUCGCAUAUUCGUCCAAUGCCAGUGGGACAUCAUGUUCUUAAGGAGGUCUGGACUAAUAUAAGCUGGUAUUUGGGCUCAAGACCCAACUUUGAUUGGUCACUAGAUUAUGUUGUGAGUAGAGAUUUAGGGAAGGAUGACGGGUGGCUGAAUCUCCAGUUUGAUACAGAAUGUGUGGGGCUUGAGCUGGAGGACUUUAUUUUUGAUGAUCUUCUUGAGGAAAUCAUACGGGCUUAAGUUGCCAAGGUGCCUUUUUCUCCAUCAUGUUGUUGCAUACAAAUUUUGCAUUGAUUUAUUCUUUGAGUAAUAUCGCGUUUAAUUACAUUACCUGAUAAGAAUAGAGGAAAUGUAGUACAGAGGAAAAACAAACUUCUUACUUGUAUACACAACUGUACAAAGAAUUAUGAACGCAGAUUACAAUUGUUAGCUGAAUAAUUAUAAGAGGUCCUUUAAGGUUACCUUUGAUACUGA